AGAGAGAGAGAGAGAGAGAUGGCGGGUUGCAGUAUGAUCAGUAUCAGCUGGAGCUUUUACUUUUGGGUGUGGGUUAUGGUGAUGAUAAUGAUAAUGAGCUUCAUGACUACUGCUACUAGUAGUAGUAGUAGGAGUAGUUUGAGGGAAGCGGGUGGGAAAGUACCAGCAAUCUAUGUGUUCGGAGACUCCUUAGUAGACGUCGGCAACAACAAUCACUUGAAGACCUCCUUCGCCAGAGCCGAUUUCCCUCACAACGGCAUCGACUUUCCCGGCCGACACCCCACCGGAAGAUUCUGCAACGGCAAAAACUCUGCUGAUUUUCUCGCUGAGAAAGUGGGAAUGGAGAGCCAGCCUCCUUAUCUCGGCCUCAACGAUACCAAAAUUGCAUUUCCUCUCACGGGUGUCAACUUCGCGUCUGGAGGUGCUGGAAUCUUCAAUUCCACCGAUCAAAAAUAUGGUCAAUCAAUUCCUUUAACCAAGCAAAUAGAGUUCUACAAGAUUGUGUACGAGGAUGUGGUAAAACAGCUAGGGUCGACCGCCGCCGAGCGCCACCUCUCCAAGUCGCUCUUCGCCGUGGUGAUCGGUAGCAACGACUUGCUCGACUACUUCAAGUCCGGCUCCCGCCCCUCCACCCCAAAGGAGCAUGUUGAUCUCAUGGUUUUCAACCUCAAACAUGCUUUGAAGAGGCUGCACGAUUUUGGUGGGCGGAAAUUUUUGGUGGCUGGGGUUGGAGCAGUGGGUUGCUGUCCCUCCCAGAGGACACAGAACACAAACAAAUCUGAAGAAUGCAACGACGAAGCGAACCACUGGUCUGCCAAAUACAACCAAGGGCUCAGGGCAAUGUUGAAGGCACUCAGCUACGAGCUUAAGCCCUUCAAAUACUCCUACCUCGACAUCUUCACUGUCUUUGCCGACUUCAUCCACUCACCCUCCAAAUAUGGGUUUACAGAGUAUAAAGCUGCAUGCUGUGGGAUAGGGACUCUGAAUGCUGAUCUUCCAUGCCUGCCAAUAUCCAGCGUCUGCGACAACAGAAGCAGCCAUGUGUUCUGGGAUUUGUACCAUCCCACUGAAGCUUCGGUUCGCAUCUUCGUGGACUUGGUUUUUGACGGCUCGCCCCCUUACGCAGUUCCCAUAAACGUGGAGCAGCUAAUUGCUGCUGCCUGAAAUAUUAAUUGGUCUUAGAUUAAUAACCAAUUGGAGAGGAUGAAAUCAACUAUAGUUGCAUUAUGUAUAUGGGGGAGCUGCUUAAUCUUCACUUGCUACUUGGUGGUUGUGCUUGGA